AUGGACGUCCGUGAUUUGUUGACGACCAGCGCUGCUGUCCAGCCCGAAGAAGCCGCAGGCGCACACAGCCAGAACGCCACCCAGUCGAACGCGCAGCCUGACACGACUGAAACUCCAGCUCACGAGCCGGAGCCGGAGCCGACGCAGGCGGCUCCGCAAGCGCUUGAGGCUCUUGGCGACGAUGACCAGUUUUCCGAUGGAUCGUCCGUUCUAGCCGUGUCGGACGGCACAUCCUCGACUGCUUCUCUGAGAUCCAGCAUCCUGCAGUACCGAGAGGAAAAUGGACGCACAUAUCACAGCAUGAGUGACGGGACAUACGUUCUUCCGAACGACGAGGCGGAGCAAGAUCGCUUGGAUUUGCAGCACCACCUGUGGAUGGUGACCUGGGAUGGCCAAUUCUGCCUGUCCCCCAAGUCAAAAGGUGCCAAACGGGUUCUGGAUGUAGGAACCGGAACCGGUAUCUGGGCUCUUGAGUACGCGGACGAGCACCCCGAAGCUGAGGUCAUUGGCGUUGAUCUGAGUCCCAUCCAACCUUCGAGUACGCCCCCCAAUUGCCGGUUUGAGGUCGACGACGUAGACAAGGACUGGACGUGGUCGCAGCCGUUUGAUUUCAUCUUCAUCCGACACGGCAACUCAUGCUUCGAGAGCUGGGAGAAGCUCCUUCGAAAGGCUUACGACAAACUCGAACCCGGCGGUUACAUUGAGCUGCAGGAUAACGCAUUCCCCAUCCUCAGCGACGACGACACUUUGAAAGGCACAUCAAUGUCCGAGUGGUCUUCUCUCCUGAUCGAAGCGGUUCAGAAGAUGGGUCGGUCUAUCGAAGCGCCCUCUCAGUUCAAGCGAAUGCUGCAGGACGCGGGGUUUGUUGACGUGGUCGAGGUGAAGGAGGUGUGGCCGGUUUCCCCGUGGACCAAGGACAGAAAGCUGUACCACCGGGGAGAGUGGGUGAGGGAGGCGUGCAUGGCGGGGAUAGAGCCUUCGUGCUUGGCUCUGUACACCCGCGUGCUCGGGUGGACGCGCGAGGAGGUGCUCGCGUUCUGUGCUGGGGUCAGGAAUGACUUCAAGAAUCGUAACAUCCAUGCCUACUGGAACGUGUGA